AUGAAAACAAAUAGAAAGCACUAGAGUCUACUUUUGAUAGUAGCAUGUUUCUGCGUAUCUACUUUAGCCGAGGAGAUGAAAUUCUCCUACAACUUGCCAGCCUCUUAAAACGUCUGUUUCUAAUAAAACAUAGCAGAAAACAUCCAAGCUGUGGUUGAAGUCGGAUCAGACAGCACACAACUAGCAUUGACAGUAUCAGACCCCAAGGGCAAGCAACUUGAUAUUUUGGAUGGGCAGAAAAAGUUAAGAUAUCAGUUCACCUCUUUCACUGGUGGCAGUCAUCAGCUGUGCAUCACUAACAAGGAGGCAAGAGACAUCGAGUUCGAGUUCAUGAUCCAGACUGGAGUCGAGGCAAAAGACUAUAGCAACAUCAUUACCAAGAAGCAUUUGAAACCAAUUGAGGUGCAGGCAUAAAAAGUGCAGGACAUGGUCAAGCAACUCAGACAAGAACUCAGCUACCUAGUUAUGAACGAGGAGAAUUUGAAGGAGCAGAACCAGAAAAUCAAGUCUCGUGUGCUCAUCUUCGGCAUAAUCUCAAUCUUAGUCAUGGGAAUCUCCACCUACUUGCAAAUCACCUACCUUAAAAACUUCUUCAGAUACAAGAAAAUCAUCUGA